AUGUUCACUCCAUUGGGUUUUUUACAAGUUUUAUUGAUUCCAGUCAAAGUUUUAAUAUUUGCCAUACUAUACCCAUUCCAGGGUGGGGUUCCUGGUAAAUAUGUGGAUGAUUUCAAAAGGUCCCUUGUAUUAGUGAUAUGUCGAGCUGCUUUGAAAUUACCACCGCAAGAUAAAGGGAUGUUGAGUUUUCUUUCGGUGGAUUAUAUUCUUAAUACAAUCAUGAAGUUCAUGCAUCCAGAAUUGACCAAGUUGAAUAAUUUUGGUAAGAAAUAUGAUAAUCAAAGUUAUUGGAUAGUUGAAGCUCCAAAUAGACUGAAACAUGAUCCAAUAUUGAUUUAUUUACAUGGUGGGGUUUAUUAUUUUGGUGUUUCGCCUCCCCAGAUUGAAGGUAUUUUGGGAAUUUAUCACUUGUUGGAGUCCAAUAAAAGGAAAAAGUUAUCGAUUUUGGUUUUGGAUUAUAAAUUGGCCAGUAAAGGACAUCCUAUGCCAGCACAAUUAGGUGAUCUAGUAACUUUAUAUAAGAAGUUAGUCGACGAAGGUAAUGAUAAUAUCCAAUUGAUUGGUGAUUCUGCAGGUGGUAAUUUGGCAAUCACAUUCCUUCAACAUUUACGUAUUUCAAAUGAAAAAUUGCCAUACCCAAGAAAUCUUGUUUUGAUUAGUCCAUGGUGUAAAAUUGUCCCUGAUGCUUCUGAUCAUACACCAGGUCAUACAUUCUUUGAUAACGAUGCUUUUGAUAUACUUUGUUGGGAGAAUUCAAAAGGGUUCCUUAUUGAUCCAACUCCUUUAAUGGGUAGUACCGAUCCUAGGUCAUUAACCAUCUCCCCAGGGAAUUGUACUUAUAAUUAUUCAGACUGGGAGGAUAUUCCAACACUUAAUGAACCAGGAUAUUCCACAUUUGUUAUACUUGGAGAAAAUGAAGCAUUAAGAGAUGAUAUUUUACGAUGGUGUCAAUUCAGUUUGAAAUCACCGAUUCCAUUAAAAAUAGAAAGUUGUGGACCAGAAGAGAAAGUGUUUAUCAAGAAUGAUCCAACUUCUGCAAAGACGAAAGUUGUCAUUGAACCAGAUGGAAUACAUGAUGGUGCUAUGGUUGUUGAAACUGAUCUUAUUCAAUUGUUAGAUGAGAAUCCAAACACUACUGUUGAAUCAUUAGAUGAUGAUAGAUAUUUUGGAAUGAUUGAAAUUGUCAAUUUUUUAAAUAAUGUUUUAUAA